UCGUCGGGGUCCUGACAGCGCGGAUUAGAGAGACAGCCGGUUGUGUUCGCUAACACAAUAACGUUUAUUUCUUUCCUUUAGACAACUGUAAGCAGUUUUAAACAUGUCUGGUAGAGAAGGAGGCAAAAAGAAACCACUGAAGGCACCCAAGAAACAGUCCAAGGAAAUGGAUGAAGAUGAUAUGGCCUUCAAGCAGAAACAGAAGGAAGAACAGAAGGCCAUGGAUGCACUGAAGGCCAAAGCUUCGGGAAAAGGACCUCUAUGUGGCAGUGGCAUCAAGAAAUCGGGCAAGAAGUAAAAUCUGAAUCUGGUGAUGAUUUUUGUUUGCUCCCCGGCCUCGCUUCCUGUGUCUGAGAUGUUUGUAUGCUCACUGGAAGACUCUAGUUUGCUCUGUAAAACACGAACCCUGUCAAACUCAAAACACACCCUGCUUCUACGGCAGUGAAAAUGUACAGAAAAAGAGUUGAAUAGUGUUCAGGAUUUCAGGGACAGGAAUAUCUGUUACCAGUCAGGCCUGGUACACACAUUGUAACUCCCCAAUGGCAUUUAAUUAGAGGUUUCACACUGUGAUAUUUGUUGUUAUGGACACUUUACUCAGUCAUACUCACUGACCAAAAUUUUCAUAUCCAGUUUAGAAAUGGUCUGCAUCUUAGAAAUGGAAACCAUGAAAAAAUCCCAAUCUCCGCUGUAUCUUGCUUUUUGUCCAUGUGAAACUUUAUCAGAAACGCAAAUCACCCCAAGUUCUUUUUUCUUAUUUUUACUUUAUUGUAAAGAGGGAGAUACCAAUAAAGUUUUUGUAAUUACUG